UGGAGUGAGUCCAACACCGAAGCAACGCCACGCCUCUCUCUCUCUCGGUCUCUCACCUGUCGCCUCAUCCACUCGGCGCGCCUCCCCCUUCUUCCACUUGCAGGCAUUGCCUCCGCUCUCACUCCAGUUCCCCCUACUCCCUCCCGGUCGCGCGGCGCGUCUCGGGUUCUCGGCCACUCCUACUCCUAGCGCGGUGCGGAGGAGCUAGCCCGGCCCGGAGCAGAGGAAGAAGGGAAGAAAGAAAAGAAAAGAAAAGGGGAAUGCUGCUGCUGCCGUGAUCUCGCAGAUCUGCGCCGCCGCGCAGCGUCUUCUUGGAAUCUCGAGCCUGUGGCUAGGUUCUUGGCGCCGCAGAUGGGCGGUGCUACAUCGGCUGGGCCUCUCUGACCGACCUUCUACCCAAGAAAAUCCACCGAUUCCGUUCGCAACUGUAGCGGCAGAAUCCGGAGGUCGGGCAGACAGACGCGCAAGCAGCAAUGGCGACCCUGGGGGACGUGGCGAACGUGGCCCAGCUGACGGGCCUCGACGCGGUGCGCCUCAUCGCGCUCAUCGUCAAGGCGGCCUCCACGGCGCGGAUGCACAAGCACAACUGCCGCCGCUUCGCGCAGCACCUCAAGCUCAUCGGCGGCCUGCUGGAGCAGCUCCGCGUCUCCGAGCUCAAGCGCUACCCGGAGACGCGCGAGCCGCUGGAGCAGCUCGAGGACGCGCUGCGGCGAGGGUACCUGCUCGUCAGCUCAUGCCAGGACAGGUCAUUCCUUUACCUCCUCGCCAUGGGCUGGAACAUCGUCUACCGCUUCCGCACCGCGCAGAGCGAGAUCGACAACUACCUACGCCUCGUGCCGCUCAUCACGCUCGUCGACAACGCGCGCGUCAGGGAGCGAAUCGAGUACAUCGAAAGGGAUCAAUGUGAAUACUCUCUCGAUGAGGAAGACAAGGAGGUCCAGGACGCUCUGCUAAACCCUGACCCUUGCACAAAUCCUUCCAUCGUGCUCAAGAAGACCCUCUCCUGCUCUUACCCAAACCUGCCAUUCAACGAAGCUCUUCGCAAGGAAAGCGAGAAGCUCCAGGUGGAGCUACAGAGAUCACAGAGCAACAUGGAUAUGGGUCAGUGCGAGGUUAUCCAUCACCUGCUUGGGGUAACAAGAACUGUGGCAAGUUCUAUUCCGGAGGACAGUGCAGAUGAAAAGGCUACCAAGAAAACCGAAAAGGUUAGCAAGAAAACUGACUCAGACUACACAAAAGUUAAGGAGGACAGUGCAAAAUCAUAUGAUGAUGACUCUCCGAAGAAGCAAAAGGACGCCUACAAUGCACCGCGGAGUUCUACACCUGUUCCAUACAACCAUGAUCUGGUCUCGAGUACAGGAUCACACAGUGAUGAGUGGCAUGCGGAUUUACUUGGUUGCUGUUCAGAGCCAUCUUUGUGUCUGAAGACCUUCUUUUUCCCCUGCGGAACGUUCUCAAGGAUUUCUUCAAUCGCAAAGAACAGGACCAUGUCUUCGGCAGAAGCCUGCAAUGAUAUCAUGGCAUACUCCCUGAUAUUAUCUUGUUGCUGUUACACUUGCUGUGUAAGGAGAAAGCUUCGGCAAAGGCUAAAUAUCGCGGGAGGGUGCUGUGAUGAUUUCCUUUCACAUGUGAUGUGCUGUUGCUGUGCGCUUGUGCAAGAAUGGCGGGAAAUAAAGAUUCGUGGUGCAUAUGGAGAGAAGACGAAGGUAACCCCACCGCCAUGCCAAUAUAUGGAACACUGACCAGCGGUGCGAGACCGCCUGGACUCCUGUACAUUAAAGUUAAUUGACCUAAAAUUGUCAGAAACCGUACUGUCAUGGUAGUGAUACAGGUGAAGCGCUACUGCAUGUGUUGUAUUUACGCUUACUGGUAAUCAGUUUGUGUCGGUACUAUGUGUCUUAGAAUUUAAUUUGUAAAAAGUAACUGAACUCAGUCGGUUGCAGGCUGGUUAGGGCCAACAGAGUUAACAUCUUCAAUGUUGUCUGUACUUCAAGGCGCCCAUGUGAUUUUUAUUUUUUGUGCAUAACAUCAUUGUUUUCA